UGUGCAGUACUGACGGUGCGUGCAAAGACAAACCAGAGCAUGGGGCAAAGUCGCAUUUUCAGGCGCACUAGCUAAUUAUACGGGCGGCGUGGAUGAGAAGAUUGGAUUAAAGCAUUUUUCGGUGCAAUACCGCGUCUACGAAGUGCACAAGAAGUUCUGGUCAUGUUCCAAGAUGAACACAGCGAAGGUCUAAAUCUUUGUUGCCCAGACGAGGGGCCUGGAUCUUGUACACGGUGAUCUUCACUUUAAGCCACAAUAGCUUUACAAUAGUAGUUAGCUAGCUCCUGUUUGUACGGUUGUACGAGAAAAUGAUAGGAGUGUGUUUUGACAAAGACGAUACGCAUUUGUUACUGUUGUAAAUGCCAUGGCAUUUGACAGCUAGAUAGGUACAUAACCAGCUGGCUAUGAAGGUUGUUUGCCUGUCUGUUAGCUGUCUUAGCUAGCUAGCUAGCGAGAUAGUUUGGCUACACCAGCAACAGAACCAAGGAAGCUGUUGUGGUCUGGUUUGCACAAAGCGAGAAACCAGUUUUUUUUCUUCUGCAGACUGGUGCCCUAAAGAUAAUGCAUGCUAUUUUCCUUAGCUACAUAGUACUAUUUUAUAUGAUUUUUUUUUAAUUUGCUAUGCUAGCUAUCUAUCUUCUUUGUAUUGCGUUUGGUAGGCAUUGGUAUCUAACUAGCGAACAAUGAUUUAUCAAACUUGUUUAACGGGCUAGCUAGCUAUCCUAGCUAGCUAACCAGCAAGUAAUUAAAAAAAGAAGCUGGUAGCUAGUGUUAUAUUAAGUUAUAUACUGUACAAAAAAGACUAAGUCAGCUAAGAUCGCUAACUGGGCUCUCAGUGACUAUGUAGCUAGCGUAGCUGGCUAACGUUAUAUGAGCUAACGUAGCUAGACGGCUAUGCUAGCUAAGGAGCAACGUUAAAUCAGUGUCUUUUAAAGACUGCUGUCUGGCACAAAACGUGCUGCUUGGUGGUCCACAACCGGAGGUCCAGCCAGAGUUGCAACCGUUUCGUUAACGUAAAGCUUUAAACUACGCGUACUGAUUUACUAGCUACAUAAAGCUAGCGUUAGUUCCGACGUAUAACUAUAUCCCUGCCUGUUUUGGUCGGUCUAGUCUGAAAGUGGAUUGAAAGCGGAAAAAAAUCUGAUCAUUUGAAUCGACUGCUUUGUGCAUUUGGCCCAGAAGAUUUCGAUGACAUAGUUUCACAUUGCUCGACCGUCGGGCGUCAGAGAGCUUCAAACAGGACUCAAAUCAGCGAUUUACCUUUGGCUCUGAUGCGAGCAAGCAUGGGCACUCAGGGGAGCCCUGUGAAAAGCUAUGACUACUUGCUGAAGUUUCUCCUUGUCGGAGACAGCGAUGUGGGGAAAGGGGAGAUUCUGGACAGCCUGCAGGACGGAUCUGCGGAGUCACCUUACGCUUACAGCAGUGGGAUCGACUAUAAGACCACCACUAUCCUGCUGGAUGGGAGGAGAGUGAAGCUGGAGUUGUGGGACACUUCGGGACAAGGCCGCUUCUGUACCAUUUUCCGUUCCUACUCCAGGGGGGCCCAGGGGAUCCUUCUGGUGUAUGACAUCACCAACCGCUGGUCCUUUGAUGGGAUCGACCGCUGGAUUCGAGAGAUUGAUGAGCAUGCCCCGGGUGUGCCACGGAUCCUGGUAGGGAACCGGCUGCACCUGGCGUUCAAGCGGCAAGUGCCCACCGAGCAGGCGCGGGCGUACGCUGAGAAAAACGGCAUGACCUUCUUCGAGGUGAGCCCACUCUGCAACUUCAACGUCAUCGAGUCAUUCACGGAGCUCUCGCGCAUCGUGCUCAUGAGACACGGCAUGGAAAAGUUCUGGAGGCCCAACCGAGUGUUCAGCCUACAGGACCUGUGCUGCCGUGCGAUCGUCUCCUGCACGCCCGUGCACCUCAUUGAUAAGCUGCCCCUCCCCGUGGCCAUCAAGAGCCAUCUGAAGUCGUUCUCCAUGGCCAACGGCAUGAACGCCGUCAUGAUGCACGGCCGCUCCUACUCGCUGGCCCACACGGCCAGCAGCAAAGGCAACAGCCUGAAGCGCUCCAAGUCCAUCCGGCCUCCCCAGAGCCCGCCCCAGAACUGCACCCGGAACAAUUGCAAGAUCUCCUAGCCUGCAGCCUCCUGAUAUGAACGGUCUCAAGCACACAGACUUUAAGGAGGAUUUGGGGCAGAGGAGGCUGGAAGCGUGGCUGCUCCAUGGAUGGGCGGAGCGAAAGUGUGUAUGUGGGUGGAGUGUUACUGUGCCCCACCCCCACAGCCAUUCUACUACAUUAAUAAUAUUCACACCUGAAGACAUCAGACUUCUUACACGAUUCGGCAGAAAUGUCUCCCAUGUAAACCCUUUGAGUUCUGUCUGCCGGUGGCAGUUGUUCUUUGACACUGCAUGUCGCCUGUGAUGCGUUGGCGCCCUCUGCUGGAGCGCAUGCACCAGGACAAGUAGAGGACCAGUGUCUGAGCAGUUUGACAUGGAAAUUAUUUUUUUUUAAAUUCUAUUUAUUUAUUUUUUUUUUAAUACCUCAGCACAUUUGACUAUGUUGAAGUUCUUUUCAUCAGUUCAUAAAGCUUUGUUUUUCUAAUGUCAA